CAGGACCCUGCAUUCACUAUAUCCGGUCUCCCAGGACCCCGCAUUCACUAUAUCCGGUCUCCCCCUGGACCCCGCAUUCACUAUAUCCGGUCUCCCUGGACCCCGCAUUCACUAUAUCCGGUCUCCCUGGACCCCGCAUUCACUAUAUCCGGUCUCCCCGGACCCCGCAUUCACUAUAUCUGGUCUCCCAGGACCCUGCAUUCACUAUAUCUGGUCUCCCAGGACCCUGCAUUCACUAUAUCUGGUCUCCCAGGACCCCGCAUUCACUAUAUCUGGUCUCCCAGGACCCUGCAUUCACUAUAUCCGGUCUCCCCGGACCCCGCAUUCACUAUAUCCGGUCUCCCUGGACCCCGCAUUCACUAUAUCUGGUCUCCCUGGACUCCGCAUUCCCUAAACCCUGCAUUCACUAAAUCUGGUCUCCCCAGACCCUGCAUUCACUAAAUCUGGUCUCCCCAGACCCUGCAUUCACUAUAUCUG